AGCAAGUUCAAGAUCAAGGCAGCCCUCCCUUGAAGCCACCAAGACUCAGCAAUGGCCCAACGCGUCACUCUCCGCAAGCGCAACCCGUACAACACCACUUCCAACCGCCGUCGGGUUGUGAAGACCCCUGGUGGCAAGCUUGUCUACCACCACAUCAAAAAGCUCGCCACCUCUCCCAAGUGCGGUGACUGUGGUAUUGCGCUGCCUGGUGUCCCCGCCCUGCGUCCCCGUCAGUACGCCACGAUUUCGAAGACGAAGAAGACUGUCCGUCGGGCGUACGGUGGCUCACGAUGCGGAGACUGCGUUAAGUCCCGCAUCCUCCGGGCAUUCCUUGUUGAGGAGGCGAAGAUCGUCAAGAGGGUGAUCAAGUCUCAGGAGAAGGGCGGCCGCAAGUAAACGUCUCAGGUUUAUACGCGGUUUUGUAUUCUCUAUGUUACGACGGACAGGGCAGACGGGGCUGCCUUUGCCUGCGACUACCUACCUCAUCCCGCCACGACGCCAUGUCAUCGCUCGUUUUCCAUCAUACAUGUGUACUGCUUAUCUCGCAAACAAAACAUGACCGAUGAGGUCGGUAUGCAGUCUUGCGCAGGCUUUUGCUCUCC